GAGUUUGGAUUUGUGGAAGGGGAGCGCUGCCGGAGGAGCGGAGCAGGUUCGGCUGCAGCUGAAGAGCCGGGACUUCUAUCCUUGAAGCCUGCGUGCCGAGAAUCCGAUGUUGGGCUCGGCUUCGUGGCUGAAAACGGCAAACCGGCCCAUGAAAACUACCAUUCCUAGCCAAAAGGGAUCCAACAAGAGUCAGCAUCUUUUCUUUCAAGUCUGGCAGCAAGAAAGAGGACAGGAGGUGGACAUUGUGGAAUCUGAAAAGAGAACUGAAAGGUGACAUUUAACUUGAAGAUGGGAGGUGGAGAAAGAUUCAGUGUUCCAUCUGUCCAGUCCAGAAAUGCUACCAAGGGCCAUCAACAACUGAAUAAUAGAAAAAAGAGUAAAGAUCAGAAUUCCCAUAUGAAGAAAAUUCACAAGAAAGAGAGGGGACAUGGAUGCAGCCCAUCAUCUGUAGCAUGGCAGGCCAUGCACAAUGAAGGAAAAAACACAGUGCAUUUCCAAACCAACCAGACUUGGAAUCCAGCUUUAGCCCACUCGCUUUUCAUGCCUCAAACCAACCAAAACUACGCCGGAGCAAAAUUCAGUGAGCCGCCAUCCCCGAGUGUUCUUCCUAAGCCACCAAGCCACUGGGUAACUGUUUCAUUUAACCCUGCUGAUAAAGAAAUCAUGACUUUUCAACUUAAGACUUUGCUUAAAGUACAGGCUUAAGUUCCAGAGAAAAUGACACUUCAUAAUUUCAAAUUUCAGUAUGAGUCCAUUUUGGGUUCCGGAAUUCAAACAGAGGCACAGCAUACAGAAUUAAAUUAGCACUUUGGAAAGUAGUUGAAUUGUAUAUGACAGUGAAAGAUCAUUCCUUGGAAAUACUAUAGUUAAUCGUUCACUUUUUGGGGUUACUGAGCACUGUAUCCAUUUUUAUGUGCUAUAGAUGCACUGUUAAAAUAAUUAGGUAGCCUAGACCAAAUCUCAGCCAUUGUUCUGUAUACAAAUUGUACUGGAUAAUUAAAUUUUAGUUUUCUCCCUCUUCUGAAAGUGUGCUUGACAGAAUGUCUUUUGGGGUGUAGUAAUACAAGCCAAACAAAUUUCCAACAACCACAAUGUAAUAUAAUUGGAAAAUAUAAUUAUUUCCUGUACUGUGAAAUUCUGUAGGUAUUCAAAAUCAGUAACUUGUUUUUUGAGCUCUUACCUAAAAUUGUUGUAAAAAGCAACUUGGUUUGCUCAAGUAACUCAUUUAUCUGUCAUUAAACUGGUGGUUUAGGCAGGCAAAUAUCCUUUCAAAGGCUUGUGACUUGAAAUAUAAAUACUUGCCUUUGAAAUGUCAAUCUAUGUAAACACUUAAUUAUGAAAAUAAUUGGCAUGCAAUUAAUCUGUAGCUCUUAUACAAUCCUUAUAAUGCAUUGAACAUUGAUACCCAACAAAUGUGCCAACUUGAAUGUUUUCAAUGACUGGUAACUGCCAAAAGCUUCUAGUGUCUUUUUCUUCGGUGAAUUUCAUUAAGUUGUUUUUGAUACUCAUUCUGUAUGUUUUGCAUCAUUUCCUGAAACUGAACUGCUAAGGCCAGUGUGUAAUAGGGUAAUCUGUUAUAUGAACUUGUUUAAAGAAUUUUGACACCUGUAAAAACAUCUUUUAUGGAGGGAAGGAAGAGCCAUGUAAAUAAAUGUAAAACUUGUAGCAUAUGUAAAUUUAUUAUGGGCUUUCCUGCCAAAAUGAAAUAUUUUUAGUACAAAACUGCUGAAUGUAAAAAAAGCCAUGUUAAAUACAUGGCAUGAUUUUUUUUAUAAAAAAAUUGUUAAAAAAAACCUUAAAAGCACAUAUCUAUGCCAUUGCACUUGAGUAUCAGUGAGAGUAUGUGCUCAGCUUGUGUUUGUUUAGAUGAUAAAUUGGAUUUAACUUGGUAGAAAGAACCUUUUCUUUUUAAUGGUUAAAAUGUUUUUGGAAGUUUAAGGGCGCAAUCCAGUUCCUGUUUAAUGCAGGGGCAAAAUUCUUGCUAAUUCAGUAAAUGAUCUUGCACUCUUAGAUUUCAGUCCUAAUAUACUUUGUUGAAAGCAAAUCUUGUUUUAAUCAAAUACUCAAGUGUUUUUGGGACUGGGCUGUAAGGCUGCAUUUCAGUGAAACCUCAACUCCUGCGCAAUACUGGAACUGUUGCAUACAAGUUGUAUUGCACCCUCUGAUGGUUGCUUUCAUUUUGGAUGUAUAAAGUAACUUUAGCAAAGACAAAUUAUUAGAAGUUGCAGUGUCCAAAAUGCCAAAACCCCAUCUUGUAUUUGUCAAGAUAUAUAAUAAUCAAGGGUUUUACAAGUAUUUGUUUUUAAACUAUGUAUUAUAUUGUAGCACUUAGCUGUUUUAUAUGCGGUCACUUGUUAAAGAGAAGUAUUUCAUUAUAUACCUUUAGAAUUUUUUUUGUUUUGUGUCUGAACUCUUCUUAGAAGCAGCAGCUUUAGAAUUUGGUAGAAUUUCAGAUGUGUUAGGCACUAUGUAUCUUGGUGAAAAUAGAUUAUGUAAAUAGAUUAUGUAAACUAAAACAUUAUACAUAACAAAUGUAUAAUGAUGCUAAAUUUCCAACAAUAGUAAUGAAACAUUUAAUUGCCUUGAAAGAUGGGUUUUUUUAAAAAAAAUUCUUAGGGAUAUUUGGCUGUACAUUGUUGCACAUUUUAGCUACUUAUAUAUUCAAAAUGUUUUAGCAACCAUCAAAAUAUUUAAAAUAUUCCCAAAUAAAACAGAUUGGACAACUUGCUCAAAAUAUUACACCUUAUGCCCCAAAUGUAUCCCAGACAUUUGAAAAUCAUUGUUGUAUCCCAGAUGUAAUUUUGAUAUUCUAAAUUCUAUGCUUGACAUACUUAGAUAUGAAUUUGAAACAAAAUUUAAAUAAAAAUCCUUAACCUUUUCUCCCCAG